AUGUCUUCCUUCUCUGGGUUCGCAACUACUGGCGACAGUGAUGUCUCGCCUGAUGGUAUUGCCUCGCAGUUUCUCCUGCUACGUGGUUUGGAGCCCGGUGUCAAUGAAGAGCUCCUUGCGAAAGGGGCGUGUAAACUUUACAAAACUAAAGCUACAACGCCUCCAAAAGAUACACACCCAACAAAGAAGGCCAAAAUAGUUUCUACCUCGACAUCCAACGAUUCCAGUCUUGGAGCAAAAGAGGGAUCACUUCGACGAGUCCUCCUAAUACGUGACCGGAGAACCAAUGAUAGUUGGAGAUAUGGUUUUGCAGAAUUCAACACGGUUGAAGAUGCCCAAGCUGCAAUGGCCAAGUACAAGGCCUCCGACAAGUUCACUAUUUCAUCAAAACCAGUUCUGGUCUCUUACAUCCACGCUGGAGUAUUUGUGCCGGUUCUUCACCUUGAUGAUGGACUUUCACGAUUUACCUUCAGUCCUCUCUCGAAUUCCGGAGUCAAAUUGAUGUACUGGGAUGAAGCAGCGUAUGUUAAUGAGCUUGUUACAGCUAUGCCUGAGCCACCUUCAAAUUCCGUCACCAGGGAGACUGAGAAUUCAAAACGUGCAGCAGCAGCCGCAACUGAGGGUUUACUCAAGGAUGGGGAGCCACGUCCUAAAAAGCGAAAAGCUGAUAAGGACCCGAAGGCUGUCGUUGCACCACAUCUUCAGUUUUGGUCCAACCGCCACGCUGAACUCCAUGGUAUCCCACCAAAAGAGCCUGAAGAUGCUGCUCUUGAUACACCGCAGCCGAAGUCCCAGGUAAAGGGAAAAGAAGCACCGAGUGCGCCACCGGUUCAAAGCUUUGCUGAUAUGUCACGCAAAUGCUGUUUAUUGUGUUCUCGGCAAUUCAAAACAGAUGAGGAGGUCAGAAAACAUGAACGCAUCAGUCAACUUCAUCGUGACAAUAUGAAGAAUGAAGACUUGGUUGCGAAGGCUUUGAGCAAGCUCAACAAAGCAACAGGUAAGCCGCGAUCAUUCAUUAUGUCCUUGGAAAUGAUGAACAACUUGACGUUAUCCCAGCUCACUCAGAUGCACAAGUUGCAAUUGCUGAGAAAGCGUAUUUACUUUCUGAUCCAUCCCAAACCUUCUUGCUUCUGCUGUAAAUGCUGCGUACAACAUGCCUUAUUAACGAUGUAAAUAGACUCUGCUGAUAACUCAGCAUAUCGUGAUCGAGCAAAAGAGCGUCGACAGGCUUUCAAUCAACCAAAGCAACCAGCCGCACAGCAUAACCGCCAAGGAAAGGGCUCAGUUGCUGAGAACUCUUCCAAGAAGAAAGAUGAGGAACCUGAAGCUCCUAAGCCAUCGAAGGGUGCCGCACUACUUGGCAAAAUGGGUUGGAGUGCCGGAGAGGGACUUGGGGCCCAAGGCACCGGAAUCACUGAUGCGAUCACUACGGAUGUCUAUAGUGCUGGUGUGGGCUUGGGUGCUAAAGGUGGUAAAUUGGGAGAUGCUAUGGAAGAAGCACAACGACAAACAGCUGGAAGUUAUGCCGAUUUCGUGAGCAAAAGCAAGGAAAAAGCGAAGGAGAGAUAUGAAAGUCUCCAGUAAGGUCUCCUCGAGAACAAGUGAGCAUCAACAAAACAAGGAGGGUCAGCGCAUUAUUUUUCAGUGAAUUCGAGACGAGGCUUGACUGCUCUCGUGGGUUGAUUGUAUAGUAUGUAGGAUAUCACAGGACGAGCUAUGCGGCGUUGCAGUCAUCGUUCUUAUGAAUGGCGAAAAAGAGAAGUCAUAAACGGGUCUCUUUCUCAAGGUAUUGACAGUUUCAUUUUGUGAUCUUGUGAAUAUAGAGGGUGGUGCUGAUAGUAAAAUUACUACAUGAUCC